GUUGGAGUUGUGACGGUAAACGUCUAGCAUCGUGUUCGUUCGAUAAGUCAGUGGCCACAUUUACUUUGGAUAAAGAACGUCUGGUGAGAAAUUAGAUCAUAUUUACAACUAUAUUUUUUCCUUCUUAAUUUAUCUGUGAGUUUUGAUUGAAAUAAUCAUGGUUUUGGAUACCACUAGCUUAAUAAAAACGAAACCUAUUAGGGUUGAUCGUGUAGAUAUUAUAGGAUUGAAAAGAACAAAAGACGAUAUUGUUAAAAAAGCUACAGAAUGUCUUUUUGACUCCGAGUCUAUUGGUGAUGUAAUUUCUAAGACCAUAAUAGCUAAAAGAAAUCUUAUGCAGUUAGAUUGUUUCAACGAUGUGUCAGCAAAUCUAGAUGUUGAUAAUGUUGAUGGACAGGACAGAUAUUAUGUUACCAUUAAAGUUCAAGAAUCAAACAGGGUUAAAGGACAUGUCAAACUUUUAUCAGAUGCUCAUUUUGAUAAUAAUCCUGAUCCUAAAUUAUCAACUGGAAUAUCUUUUUUGAACUUAUUUUGCCGCGGAGAAAAAUUAAAUGUAGUAUCUGAUAUAUAUUCAACUGACAAAAAAUUUUCUACUGGUAGUAUUUGUUUUACGAAACCAUUACUUGCUCUUUUUAAUCCAUAUUUUUAUGCAACAGUUUUCAAGAACCAUUAUAAUAGAAAUAAAUUUGGAUAUUCAUUUGAUGAGUAUGGUGUAAAUACUGGGUUUAACCUAAGCCAUGAAUAUUUUAAAGUAAAUUUUGGAUGGGAAGGAGUGGCUAGAGAACUGAACUAUGCUCAAAAUACUCCAUUUGGUAUACGGGAACAGUUGGGCCUUACAAUGAAGUCAUCUGUUAAAGUUACAGCUUCUUAUGAUACUCGUGAUAAUUCCGUUUUUCCCAGUUAUGGAUCUCUUGUUCAAUGGAUUUCGGAAAUCGCUGGAAUUGGUGGUAGCCAUGAAUUCCUAAAAAAUGAACUGUUCCUUCAAUAUACACUUACCACAAUCUUGGCUUCAGCUUUUACUGGAUCAUUUUCAUUUGGAGUAUUAGAUACAUUUGGAAAAUCCAGUAUUUUAGAUAAUUUCUAUCUUGGUGGACCACUUACAUUCAGAGGAUUUGAAGAAUGUGGUGUAGGUAAGAAAGAAGAUGGUAGCAUAACUGGUUCAUCAAUGUACUGGAGGUUCAAUUUUCAUAUUCAUACACCACUUCCAUUUUUAUCAGAAAAAAAUAAAUUGUCACAUUUAAUAAGGAUACAUUUAUUUAUGAAUUCUGGUAAUGUUGGGAAUCGUGAUGGAAAUUUGACCAAAGACCUUCGAGGAUUGAUCAACAACAUUCGAUUAUCAUGUGGAGCUGGCUUUGCAUUGAAUAUCAACAAUUUAAUGCGCUUAGAAAUUAAUUAUUGUUUACCUGUGUGUUAUUCCAAUAAUGAUUCUAUUGUAUCAAAUAAAAGUCAAUGGGGCUUUGGUUUGUUGUUCUUUUAAUAGACCGAUAGACAAAUU